UAGUUCGUUCGUGACAAACCGAUAAAAUGUUGAAAUCAAUUUGGAUUCUAUCAGUUUUCCAUCUAUGUAGUGCUACAAAUACUCCAGUUAUUGGAAUAUUAGCACAACCCACCACUGAAUACGGGUUUGAUACAUUCAUAGCAGCUUCUUACGUUAAAUUUGUGGAAUUGGCUGGAGCCACAGUGAUACCAGUUUGGACUAAUCAAUCAACAGACUAUUAUGAAAGAGUGAUUAACUAUACAAAUGGAUUACUCUUUCCGGGAGGUGAUGCGUCUUUCGUUGAACCUGGAGGUUAUGGAGAUACAUCGAGAAAAUUAUACCAACUAGCCAAAAAAUCCAAUGACAACGGAAAUUUUUAUCCCAUAUGGGCUACUUGUUUAGGAUUUGAAGUAAUUCCUUAUGCGGAAAUAGGUCAAGAUCUUAGAGUCAACUGCUCAGUUGAAGUUAGAGGAUGGCCGUUGGAAAUGACCAAAGAUUUUAAAAACAGCAGUCUUUUUGAAAACAUACCGGAAAGAAUAUACCAAAUACUAACUACUCAAAAUGUCACCUUCAAUUUCCAUAGUUUUUGUUUGACAGAAGAAGUAUUAAAAACAUAUGGUCUGCUUUCAGAGUGGCAUAUUUUAUCAACUAACACUGACGAAAAGGGUCUAAAGUACAUUUCCACGAUGGAAAACAGGAAAUAUCCAAUAUACGGUGUUCAGUAUCAUCCGGAAAAACACGGAUUCGAAUUCGCACCACAUUAUAACUUUCCACAUACUGCAGAUAGCAUAGCAAUGAUGCAAUAUUUUGGUAAUUUUUUCGUAAACGAGGCACGAAAAAAUAACAAUACAUUUCCUAGUGAUAAAAUAAAGCUCAAUUCUAUGAUUUAUAAUUAUUGUACCAAAUUUUCUGGUUUGGAUGAUAAUUAUUACUUUUUAAUGUACGGAUUUUAUCCGAAUGAUUAUAUAAGUAAUCAAUUAGAAUAAAUAUAUUGAGUAAUUUUGAACUAAAAUAUAUUAGGUGGUAAAUAUAAAUAAUAUAUACACAAGGUGUAGGAAGUUUAUUCUAGCAUUAGCGGUUGAGAUAGCUUCUUAAUGGUUUUUAAGUAAAUUAAUUAGACAUGAUUAGACAUUUGAUAAAUAAAAACAAUGAUUAAUAAUCACUACACGUACUCUAUUAUAGAUAAACACGCUGCAAAGGAACAAGUAUAAAGUGUUAAGUGAAGCCACGAAAACAAAAAAAUCGCAUAUCAAAUAACUAUGCUACGCUCGGUAAAUAAAUAUCAACAUUAGAAGAUUCAGUGAAUACAUACAGCACUGCUUGAAAUAGGGUUAAAAAGUGAAAUAUUAUAUGUCAAAAAAAGUUAUUCCAAUUUUAACAAGUCCAUCUAGCAGUCCAGAGUCGAUUGAAACCUUUUGGCAUAACAUGAGGGAAAAAUUCAAAAUCAAAACCCGCAGAAACCGUUGCACAAAUUCUCUUCAAGGAACUUAGAAUAAUGUACACUAUAAGACAGCGUUGGAUAGUAUUAUGCGAAGAUGAAUACAAGUUGUAAUUAGACACAGUGGUGAUUUGAUUUAAUCUAAUUUCGUUGAUUUUUAAAAAUAGAGAUUCCUCUUAUUCCUAAAAUAGAUGUUUUUAGCUAUGUUAUAGACAUAUUACAUUAAAAUUGAUUGAAUCAA